CAGAGCUCUGAGGGGAGGAGGGAAGUGGCUGCGCCCGCACCCCUGGGCCCAGUGCCCUGCUCCUGGCUCCUGUUCAUCUCACAGUCUCACUCCAAGGCCUCUUCCUGCAGGGGAGCCACACCCUGUGAACACCCUAGAGGACUUCAGCGUCCGCACACUCUAUGACAAGCUUGAGGACCAGAGCCUGCACUUGGUGGCCCAGCUGAGCAAGCACAGGAGCGACGCACUGGCCUUCUACAGGGGCGCCAGCCAGCAACUCCAGGGGCUCAAGGACUUUCUGCAGGGCGUCAGCAUGACCGAGCGGCAAGAUCUGGGCAGAGGUGGAGACCUGGAGAUGGGAGCCAAAGCCACUGCCAGGACAGACACUGGGCAGAGAGAGGAAUGGUGCAGUGGUCACACUGCAGCUUCUCCAAGGGUGCGCUGGCAGCAUCCUCUAGGCGGCACCCCCAGCAUGUCUCCACUGGGCUUUCAGUCGAAGCUCGACAGAAUGAUUGCGGCCCUGGCAUCUGCACUUUCUCACGCACGUGGGCAACCAGCCAGGGCCCACAGGAAGGCCUCCGCUCAGGGGGGUGAACAGCCUCUUCCCUCCUGUCAACAAGACCCUCAACUGGUGAGUGACACGCUCCUGAAGCCCCGGCCUCAGCCCUCGGAUGAGGAGCAUCAAAGUGCAAGCCCCCAGAAGACCCCAGGACCUGGACGGCUCCGUCAGGGUGAUGCCAAAGGAGGGGACACUGAGAGCCCAGUUUCCGGACACAGGCACGGAGCCUUUCCUGAGCUGCAGAGAAAGAUAUGGCAGGUGGAAGACAUCUUGGACGAACUGAAUAAAGAGUUCUUCCAGCUCACUGCUCAAGCCCUAGAGCUCCAGAAAGAAGAGCACCAGCCAGACCACCUGCCCCCAAGGAAACACAGUACAUUUGCGGUGGUUCCCAGCAUCUUCCCUCAUGCAGAGCAGGAAGACAGACCUAACCCAGCAGAGGCAGGCGGCCCAGACAGAAAGAGUGUGGGAACCUGGGCCCUGAAGAGCGAGCAGGCCCUGAUCCUGGCGGUGAGGAGAGCCUGCCUGGCUCAGAGGAUCGAAGGCCUGGACUGGGAGCUGUCCCUGCUCCUCCAGGUGGCAGAGGGCAGCACGUGUGCAGGAUGGAGCCAGCCCAGCCUGGGGAGACGCUGAGUCACCCAGGGUGCUGCGGCGGUCAUCUGUGGCAGUGCCUUCUCCACAAAGAACAUGGCCAGGUUACUCUGCGCACUCCAGGCAGGAAGACGUGGGCGUCGCAGGGGCCGCCCUGGCUGGGAAUGUGAGCUCGGUUAUGGCAUGCUCCUAUCUGGUAACACCCAGGUUUCUUUCAGAGCCUGGACCUCGGCUUGUGCUGAUUGCUAUCUGUGAUCCUUUGGGGUGAGGGAAAAUAAAGUCACACAGGUUGAGAAUAUCAA